AUGGAGUAUCUUGGAAGGGAACUCAAGCAAAUGGCAACAAAUGUGGACUUUAAUUAUCAUCCCAGCUGUGAAAGAAUGAAUAGCAUUCACAUUUGCUUUGCUGAUGACUUAUUGAUGUAUUGCAGAGCUGACUUACUAUCAGUCAGAUUGAUGUAUGCUACCUUUAGGAAUUUUUCUGAGGCAUCAGGCCUACAAGAAAAUACAGAGAAGAGUUUCAUAUACAUUGUUGGGGUGACUAAUCAUACAAAGCAAAGAAUAAUUGAAGAAUUGAGAUUUAUUGAGGGGACUUUGCCAUUCAGAUACCUAGGAGUGCCUCUAGCAUCUCAAAAACUUGGAGUUAAUGCAUACCUUCCUUUAAUUGAGAAGAUAACUGCUAAAAUAACUUGUUGGUCUGCCAAAGUAUUGUCAUAUGCAGGUAGAUUACAAUUAAUCAAAACAGUCCUUUUUGGAGUACAUGCAGUCCUUUUUGGAGUACAUGCUUAUUGGGCUCAGAUUUUUCUUUUACCCAAGAAAGCAAUCAAGACAACUGAACAACACUGUAGAACUUUUCUAUUGACUUGUGAUGUAACAAUAUCAAAGAAAGCUUUAGUGUCUUGGGCAAACAUCUGCCUACUUGGAGCAGCAGGAGGACUUCAUGUAAUGAACCUAUGCACUUGCAACAAUGCAACUAUUCUUAAACUUCUAUGGGACAUAGAUAGAAAGAAAGAUUGUUUAUGGGUGCAGUGGGUUCAUAGCUACUACAUCAAAACUGGAGACAUUUAUCUAGUAAGGAUCCCUAGUAAUGCAUCUUGGGUGGUUAGAAAAGUGCUGGAGGCAAGGGAGUAG